CUUAUCCCAAUCUGGCGGCUCACGCCACAUCGGACACAGCGGGAUGCCGUCCGCCUGGCGCUGCCGCGGGACCCACGACAGGUCCGCCAUCGUACGGCUCCCGUUCGAUCCGCCCUCGCCGCUGGAUUGAUCCCACUUCCCGCUCCAAGACCCAGGUUUUCUCGGGAGCCCGCUGGAUUUGAUGCUGGAUCGUGCUUCUCUUUCGCCUUUCAACGCCCCUCGGAUCCCCCGCUAACUUUCUUUCUUCCGUUCCCAGUCGCCGGUUUCUUCGAUUUUGUUCGCGUUUACGAUAUAUUUCUUGAGCAAGUCUCGGAUUUUUCCGCGAUUUAUAGCCGGAAAGAUCGCCUUUUGGAUGUUGGUAAGAAUCCUCAGGUUAUCUUCCCUUUGCUGGUGCUAUGACUAAAUUAAGGGUUCUGUGGUGGAUUGGAUGAUGAAUAGCAUUUUUUUUAUUGUAAGAUUGUGCAUUUGAAGUUGCAUGACGUUCUCUAGAGAUGGUAUCUGCAAAUCUAGGUGUUUUCUAUUAUGUGCUGGACCACAUCUAUGCAACUUUUCUCCACCGGACAAAGUUAAGUACACCAUUUUUCUCGAGGGGAUGGGGAGGGAGCAAACUUGAUCUGUUGGAGAGAAUGGCAAAGCAGCUGUUUCCACAGGCUGCUGCCCAGAGCUGGCCACCCAAUCUGGUGCAGCCUAUCUGGAAAACAGUAUGGGAGACAAAAGAUGCUUGCCUGAGGGAGGGUAUUUUCAGGACUCCAUGUGAUGAGGAACUAAUCAAUGCAUUGCCUCCAGAGAGUCACAAUGCAAGGGUUGCUUUCCUUGCACCAAAGUUUGUUCCACCUCAGAAGAUGGCUUGUGUGGUUCACCUAGCAGGCACUGGGGAUCAUACUUUUGAGCGACGGUUGCGACUUGGUGGUCCGUUAUUGAAGCAAAACAUUGCAACUAUGGUGCUUGAAAGCCCAUUCUAUGGACACCGGCGUCCUAGACUGCAGUGUGGUGCAAAGCUUCUAUGUGUGAGUGACUUGCUACUGUUAGGAAGAGCUACUAUUGACGAAUCCCGGAGCCUCCUGCACUGGCUAGAGGUUGAGGCUGGUUUUGGCAAGACAGGCAUAUGCGGGCUUAGCAUGGGAGGUGUACAUGCUGCAAUGGUCGGAUCUCUGCAUCCUACACCAAUUGCCACACUACCAUUUCUUGCUCCACAUUCUGCAGUAGUGGCUUUCUGUGAAGGAGUCUUCAAGUAUGCCACUGCCUGGGAGGCACUAAGAGAAGAUGCAGCGCAAAAGACUGGAAUGACACUAGAGCAAGUUAGAGAGCGGUUGCGGUCAGUUUUGUCCCUGACAGAUGUUACACGCUUCCCAAUCCCCAAAAAUCCUCAGGCAGUCAUAUUUGUUGCUGCUACGGAUGAUGGCUACAUUCCGAAACAUUCUGUCCUGGAGCUUCAGAGGGCAUGGCCAGGCUCAGAAGUAAGGUGGGUGACCGGUGGGCACGUCUCAUCUUUUCUUCUCCACAAUGAUGCAUUUCGCAAGGCAAUUGUUGAUGCUCUCAACAUGUUAGAAUGGAGAGAAUCGUAACUAUAACCAGUUGUGCCAAGUGGCUCUGGCUCAUUAUUCUUCUUUAGGAAUUGAUGUGUUGCGAUGAGUUGUAACUUCAACAUUCACAAUGGCUGACAUUCUAGCUCCCUUGAAAAGGGGGGAGAAGAACAGGGGAACUGGAGCUGAAUGGCUCAAUUGCUUGCUUGCCUAGUUUAAUUCAAAGGCACUUUCCCUUGAUUCAAAGGGAAUGAUGUACAUGAACUUAAAAUAUAUCAUGACCAGUUGACGGCACAAAUAAUCUUUAGAAGUGAUCAACUAUAU